UGAGGAUGGCCUCCAGCAAAGUGUUCUCCUCCCGCACCACACAGACGGACUCCCACCCGCUGCUGCGCCCGGGCGGGGGUCGCCAGCGCCGGCGGGUGCUGACCAAGGACGGGCACAGCAACGUGCGCAUCGAGCACGUGCGGGACUGGCGCUUCCUGUACCUGAAGGACCUGUGGACCACCUUCAUCGACCUCAAGUGGCGCUACAAGCUGGCGCUCUUCUCCGCCACCUUCGCCGGCACCUGGUUCCUCUUCGGCCUGGCCUGGUACCUGGUGGCGCUGGCCCACGGGGACCUGCCGGCGGCCCUGCCCCCCGGAGCCAACCACACCCUGUGCGUGGCCAACAUGCAGAGCCUGACGGCGGCCUUCCUGUUCUCGCUGGAAUCUCAGACCACCAUCGGCUACGGCUUCCGCUACAUCUCGGAGGAGUGCCCGCUGGCCAUCGUGCUGCUCAUCGGGCAGCUCAUCGCCACCAGCCUGCUGGAGGUCUUCGUCACCGGCACCUUCCUGGCCAAGAUCGCCCGGCCCAAGAAGCGGGCGGGCACCGUGCGGUUCAGCCACCACGCCGUGGUGUCGCCGCGGGACGGCCGGCUCUGCUUGAUGAUCCGGGUGGCCAACAUGCGCACCAGCCUGCUCCUGGGGUGCCAGGUGACCGGCAAGCUUCUGCGGGCGCAACGGGCCGCCGAGGGGGAGAGCUUCCGGCUCCAGCAGCUCAACGUGGACUUCCACGUGGACGCGGGCACCGACAGCCCCUUCCUCAUCCUGCCCCUCACCUUCUGCCACCCCAUCGACGAGGCCAGCCCCUUCCGCAGGGCGGCCGCGGCGCCCGGCCGCGACCAGGACUUCGAGCUGGUGGUCAUCCUCAGCGGCACCGUGGAGUCCACCAGCGCCCUGUGCCAGGUGCGCACGUCCUACCUGCCCGAGGAGAUCCUCUGGGGCUACGAGUUCUGCCCCGCCAUCUCCCUGUCGCCGGGCGGCAAGUACGUGGCCGACUUCGCCACCUUCGACCGGGUCGCCAAGGUGGCCGGGACCGAGACCCUCCGGCCUGGAAGCGGCGCCGCCGCCUCAUCCUCGCCCUCUUCACCCCCCCCAGCCGACGCCGCCGCCCUGGAGGACAGGGAGAAGGACAGGCUGGAGGGGAGCCUGAGGGAGCACGGCCCACACCCGGGCAAAGGCGCCAGCUCCCCCCGCAACAUGAAGAUCAGCAACGUCUGACCGAGGGGGAGGGGGAGGGGUGGGCUCGGCCUUGGGGUUGUUAGGUAAACCGGCCGAGGGGGUUUAAUCUCCCUUCGCUCCCCCCCCCUUUCAGGCCAGGGAUGGAGUCCAGUCGCUUGGGUGCGGGAAGAUAUCCCAGCAUGCUUCCGCCCAACGGUCAGAGAAGGGGGUGCUUGGCCGAGAGCAAUUCUCCUCCCUCUCUCUCUCUCACUUCUUUCUGCCCCAACCUCCCACAGACCCGAUGGGCCGAUCGGCCUGGAUCUUCACCGCUUUCUAGCACGGCCUAGGUCAGGCAGCACCCGAGGGAGCAGCAGACUCCACACCUCGGGCCUAAGGCCUUCGCCAGGGUCGAGGCCUGAGGGGAACACGUCUG